ACCUUCCACCAUUCUCCCCUUGUGUCGCUCCCCAUAUCGUCAUCGCUGGCCCUAUAAUGGAUCCAACCCCCCUUGGUAUACUCAUCACUUCACUCCUUUCCUUAUCUUGAGGCGUUUCUCCCAGAUCACGACUCGAAAGCUCAGAGUGACUCUUUCUCUUUCGUCUCGCUGGCAGGCCGUCAAGCCACUCCAUGAUGGCGUUCCCCGCCCCACCCUCGUCCGCCGGGACCUCGUCGCGAGUGUCGCUGUUCACAGCGGAUUCGCAGCUCCGCCUUCGCCCAUCCGUCGCCGUUGCCGCCGCUCCCGCCGCGAUCGGCGCUGGAUCUGUGCGGCUCCGCUGCACGUGCGAAUCACACCCAACUUCGUCGGACUACAGCGGUCCGACCAACGGGGCUUCGGUCCCGGGUUUUCAGGAACGUGCGCGGCCGUUGAACAACGUGGCAUAUCCUCUUUUCGGCUCCUCCAGCCAAUCAAAUAAGUCCACAUCAGCUGCGACAUCGUCUGGCACUGAUUUCGUCGCCGAGCACCCUGAUGCCGUUUCAUGCGACGAUGACGACGCAUUUCAACGCGUCGUUUCCAAUCAACUCGUCGCACGCGUGCGACGGUACGGCCCGUCGUUCCUCGUGGGCACGUGCGUCACACUCAGCCUAGCCUUCGGCUUCCCGCGAGCCGCGCAAGCCAAAGCCGGCAAGAACCUCGCGCCGCCCCCCACGCCGAUCGUGGGCCGGCAGACCCCCGACGGGGGCAAGGCCGGUGGGAAAGCGGAGGCGGGGAAGGCGGAGGUGGCGGAGAGCGCGCGCGACCAGGCGGCGGAGCAGGAGCGCGCGAUCAAGAUGCUGGAGGACUUCCUGGCGAAGCACCCCAAGGACGUGACGGCGCUGCGCAUGCUGCUCCGCGUGCGCAUGAAAUCCGCGGACUUCGCGGGGGGCAUCAAGAUCCUCAACCAACUCAUCGAGAUAGAGCCGGACGACAUGGAGUGGAAGUACAUCCGCGCGCAGGCGCAGGAGUUUGUGGGUGACCUGCAGGCGGCGCGCAAGGGCUUCCAGGACAUCCUCGAAGUCGACCCCUUCUCCGCGCGCGCGCUGCAGGGCCUGGCGACGGUGAUGAGGAGGAGCGGCGAGGACAGUCUGGUGCUGGGGAUGGUGGAGGAGGCGGUGGGAAAGGCGGGACAGGCGGGCAAGCAGCAGGAGGCCACCAACCUCAAGAUGCUGCUGGGGCAGCUGCACGCGCUGCAGGGCAACGUGGAGGCGGCCAUAGCGCAGUAUGACGCCAUCAGCAGCAGCGACCCGAGCGACUUCCGGCCGUACCUGUGCAAGGGGCUGGUGUACAGCCUGAUGGGCGACAGCAAGCAGGCCGACGUGCACUUCAGGGAGUUCCGGCGCCGCUGCCCCAAGAACUACGCCUCCUACCUCGACAACAUGCUCGUGAAAUCGACCGUGGAGGCGAGACGGCAGGAGAGGGAGAAGCGGCAGCAGGUGGAGGCGGAGGCGAAGGGGCGGACAGCUGUGCCUAUGAGGCAGCCAACAGCAGGCAGUGGGUUCAUGGGGUAAUGCUGUUAGUGAAUUGCAAGACAAGGGUACAGUGGCGGGUUUGGCUUGUGUUUACGCGGCUUGCAUAUAGUGCUGGGGUCAUGUUUGACCAGAUGUCUACAUGUUGAUUAGUUAGCUUCACCAAUAAAUUGUUACAAAUGACAUAUAAAGCCUUAUUGUGGUG